UGUUUAAUUUGCCCGAAGAUUUGGAAUAUAGACCUCCCUCUCCACUAUUGAAAACGGAAGGACUAACUUGGGAUUACCAGAAAUCAGAUGACUUUGUAAAGAUAUUAAAAAAUUCUGUGGCUGACUAUUAUUCUACAUACAAGGAAGGAAAGCUAGAUAAAACAACUACUCCACUGUAUUUUAUGGCCUCUGGUGCUGGAAGUGGCAAAUCUCACAAUGCAACUGAAUUACCCAAU